AGGUGCAGCUUAAGGAUCCGGGAGGAGACACAACCCACAAAACAUGGUGACUCCAUAACCAUCAAACUUGCCUUUCUGGUAGCAUUCCUCUUUAAAAUCCGUGAGUCAUUUCUACGUUCCAGGCCUAUGGAUUUGGGGCAUUAUAGCCUAAAACAGCCCACGGCAGACGCUGGGAGCGGCGUACCAGGGGCUCGUUACGGAUUUGUGGAGGCCACGGGCGCCUGUGUGAGCGAGGGGCUCGGCAGUCAGUCCCCGCCAAGUGUAAAUCCCCCACGGCCGUGCCCUUGCAGAGCACCUGGAACGGGGCCGCGCCGCCGCCGCGGGGCUGCGCCUGCCACGUCUGGGCCGUGACACCUCGGCCUCAUCCCUGCGGCGCGGACUUCCAGCCUCGGGCAAGACGGCGAGCCGGGGAUCCGCGCACCCGAGCAUCCCGCGGCGGCCGGGCGGGGCUCCCCGGGCCGGGCCCCCGGCGCCGCCCGGGCGGGGCGGGGCGUUCCCGGGCGCCGCUUCCGCCUGUGCCGGGCGGGCGGGCGGCGCGGCGGGGGCAGCAGCAGGAUGCUGAGCCCGCGGGAGCGCGGCGCCGACCUGGCCCGCUUCUACACCGUGACGGAGCCGCGCCGCCACCCCCGCGGCCACACCGUCUACAAGGUCACGGCGCGGAUUGUUUCAAGAAAAAAUCCAGAGGAUGUCCAGGAGAUAAUCGUUUGGAAGAGAUACAGUGACUUUAAGAAACUGCACAAAGAUCUUUGGCAAAUUCAUAAAAACCUAUGCAGACACACAGAGCUCUUUCCACCUUUUGCCAAAGCAAUAGUGUUUGGGCGAUUUGAUGAAACUGUGAUUGAAGAAAGAAGGCAAUGUGCCGAAGAUCUCUUGCAGUUUUCUGCCAAUAUCCCUGCUCUCUAUAACAGCAAACAGCUGGAAGAGUUUUUUAAGGGUGGAGAGGUGCAUGAUGGCUCUGAGUUGAUUGGUCCUGUUGAGCCUCUGUCUGACUCUCUGACUGACAACCUGUCUGACUGCAGCUCUGAAGUUCGAAAGGAUUUAAGUGGGCUUGAUGAUGUGACACUUACGAGCCAGUCGGAAUGUGGAGGCUUCUCCAGUGACAGUGACUUGAUCUCUCUGACAGUCGAUGUAGAUUCUCUCGCCGAGGUAGAUGAUGGAAUGGCAUCCAACCAAAGUUCUCCCAGUAGAGCUGCUGGCCUUUGUGUUACUUCCGAUCCCCCAGUCCAAAGCACGCUGGCAUCUGAGCAGGAGUGGAGCAAACCUGAAGGAGAAAAGGAAAGCCAUGGUUUGUUUACUGCAAGCUUAAAAUCUAAGCCAGGCAAACAAGAUUACUUGGAGAAAGCAGGCGAGUUAAUAAAACUGGCCUUGAAGAAGGAGGAGGAGGAAGAUUAUGAAACUGCCUUAAGCUUUUAUAGAAAGGGGGUUGAUCUGCUUCUGGAAGGUGUUCAAGGUGAAUCAAGUCCAACUCGUCGAGAAGCAGUGAAAAGGAAGACUGCAGAAUACCUUAUGCGUGCUGAAAAAAUUUCCAGUCUCUACUAUAAAACCUCUGAAGAUGCAUCUGUUUCUAUGCCUCCAGGAUCACUAAGUUCAAGGCCCUCUUGGAACCUAAGGAGCCCUGCCGAGGAACUGAAGACCUUCAGAGUCCUUGGGGUGAUUGACAAGGUUUUGCUUGUAAUGGACACUAAAACACAACAGACUUUUAUAUUGAAGGGUCUAAGGAAAAGUAGUGAGUGCAGCAGGAGCAGAACGACCAUCAUCCCCCGCUGCGUGCCCAACAUGGUGUGUCUGCACAAGUACAUCAUCUCCGAGGAGUCUGUCUUCCUCGUGCUGCAGCACGCAGAAGGAGGGAAACUGUGGUCUUAUGUCAGUAAGUUCCUAAACAGAAGUCCUGAAGAGAGUUUUGAAAUUCCUGAAUCCAGAAUAUCCAGUUCAACUAAAAUUUACCUGGAGCAACCAACACCAACUCCUAAAGAAACUGGUAGCAGCACUGAUUCCAGAGAAAGCUAUGGGGAGAGCAUGCUGAAGGUGGUCCCACUGAGGAGCAGCCUGACACCGAGCUCUCAGGAUGACAGCAGCAACCAGGAAGAUGGUCAGGAGAGUUCCAAGUGGAUGGACUCAGCAUCCAGCUCAGAAGAAGAGUGCACCACUAGUUAUUUAACGUUGUGCAACGAAUACGGGCAGGAGAAAAUUGACUCUGGCUCCCUAAAUGAGGAACCAGUGGCUAAAGCAGAGAGUGAAGGGCUGCAUACCAACGAGAGGAGUUCCUUGCAGAGGUGCAGUGUUGUUGGCAGUGACAGCUUCACCUCCCAGAUUGCACCUCAGGAACGAAAGCUGUUCAUCGACGAUGCCGAGUCAGAAAUGGCCAGCCCUCCUAGGAUACUGGACUCGUUAACUAGGUCCAAGAACAGCCCCAUGGAGCUCUUCAGGAUAGACAGCAAAGAUAGCACUAGUGAGCUCCUGGGGCUUGAGUUUGGAGAAAAGUUGUAUAACCUGAAAUCAGAGCCUUUAAAGCCAUUGUUUUCUGUCCCAGAUCAUGACAGAAGCUUGGAUGCCCUGGAGAGCAAAAUGAGUGUGAAAGCUCAUGACACUGUGAGCAGGGGUUCAAAUGACUCUGUGCCAGUUAUUUCCUUUAAGGAUGCUGCUUUUGAUGAUGUGAAUAGCAUUGAUGAAGGAAGGCCUGAUCUCCUAAUAAACUUACCAGGCAUGUCUGAUGAAACAGAGGAGCCAGCCGUGUCAAGGCCAGCAAAGUUUACAAAAUCUGAUAGGGAUAUGUCAGAAGUAAAGUUGUUAGAAACACCUGAUGUCUUGCAAUUAAAUAAUUCUACAGAGCCAUGCAAAGCAUUUGAUCAAGAGCCAAAUCAUGUGGCACCGGAAGCGGGCGAUCCUGCCCACAAGGAAGCUAAUGAGCAAAGCGGUGUCACUCAGGGGGCUCUUGGGACCCUCUUUUCAUCUGACCAAGAGGUAGGUGCUUCCGAAGAUGGGGCUCUGUUCCAAGAGCUUGGGGCCUGCUCCUUAAACAUGACAAGCAAAGAAGAAAGUUCAUGUGUUUCCAGCCUGCUCUCAGGUGCUCCAGAGGUUAGCUUGGACACAGAUGUGCUGAGGAAUGGAGUGUCGCUGUUUUCCAAUCAAACUGAAGACAGCAGGAAAGAGGAGGCAGACUCGGCUAUGUCACCAGCAGCUGCAAGUAAAAAGACUGCACCAAAGAAGGAAGACAAAAUAGCAGGAGCAGGGCAGAAAGAAAUACAUCAAAUUUUUCAGGACCUCGACGAAAGAUUAGCGCUAACCUCCAGGUUUAAUAUCCCAGAGGAUUGCAUUCAAAGAUGGGCAGCUGAAAUGGUGGUAGCCCUUGAUGCUUUACAUAGAGAAGGAAUUGUGUGCCGCGAUUUGAACCCAAACAACAUCUUAUUGAAUGAUAGAGGACACAUUCAGCUAACGUAUUUUAGCAGGUGGAGGGAGGUUGAAGAUUCCUGUGACAACGAUGCCAUAGAGAGAAUGUACUGUGCCCCAGAGGUUGGUGCUAUCCUAGAAGAGACUGAAGCCUGUGACUGGUGGAGCCUGGGUGCCAUUCUUUUUGAACUCCUCACUGGGAAGUCUCUGGUUGAGUGCCAUCCAUCAGGAAUAAACACUCAUACUUCUUUGAAUAUACCAGACCAUGUAUCGAAGGAGGCCAGAUCACUGAUUCAGCAGCUUUUGCAGUUUAAUCCUGCGGAGCGUCUUGGUGCUGGCGUUGCUGGUGUUGAAGACAUCAAAUCUCAUCCAUUUUUUGCCCUUAUAGAAUGGGCAGAUCUGCAGAGAUGAGAGACACGUGCUCUCUGAACAAACUCAGGUCAGCUGGACAAGUUUCUCUGGCACAGGAGCACCCUGACUUGCUUCCUUUGGAUGUCUCAAACCACUUGGAUGUAAUGGCUAAAGGAUGCUGGAGCAACAGAGCCAAAAGUGAACACUUUUAACAGGAAUCACUGGUUGUACAGGGUGCUGGCUUAUUUUUACCACAGCUGGUUGCUGCGUGUGUGUGAGUCCUUUCAUCAAAGGAAGGUUUGUGAGGCAGCUCCUGGGCAGCAUGUUUGGCACUGCCAGAUAAGCAGGGGCAGGAAUGUCCUCCUGGUGCUUUGUCCGGUGAUAGAAGUGUCUAUAGACUGUGCCAGUUGAAAGUAUUUUUUUAUUGUGUCAAUAGACCAUUUCCCUAUGCUAAGUGCAGCUCUUGGAGGGGUAGGGAAGGAAAAAGCAAAUAAUUUAUUAACGGUAUGUGCUAAAGAAAAUACUAAAUAAAAUACUGAAAUGCUUUAUGCAAAAGUUGACACAUUAAAAAUAAUAUAUCAUUAAAAAUUAAGAAAGCUGUUGCAUAAUACUGUGGAAUAUGUCUUGAAAAUAGCAUAUCAUUUCCCAUUCUGGAAAGAGCAUAUAAAAGGCAAAUAAUGCUGUCAAAUGUUGUACUUUGUUGGCUGGCAAUGUCUGUUUAAAACUCUUGACUGUUGUAUUUGAUGAGCUACAUGUUAAAGUCACUACAGAAAGGGAAAUCUUCUUUUCCUCAGCUGGAUAAACACUGCUUCAGCACUCUAAUAAGGAGCAAGAACACAUAACACUAAAUAAAUAUAUAGAUAAAAAAGGAAAAACUCUUCUUUCAUCGCUGCAGCCACUGCUUUAUCACUUAAUGAACUUUACUUCCUCUAAGUGUCCUAUUUUUAGCUGCUACUUCAGGAAAAAAACCUUUCUGCUCGUGUUCUUGUGCUUGAGGAAGCUUCUGAACUCCUCUGUUUGUUUGUUAAUACUCCUAAUAAAUCAAAGAAAGCCUUCACCCACUCUGCUGCUUUAACAGGAAGAAGCCUGGGAUUUGCUCAUGCCAAAUGACUAAGUGACAUCUCUGAGCAAACCCUAGUGGGUAAGACUUGGGCAGGAGCCAAUUAGCUGACCUGUUUGUUUGCUAGAAAUGUCUGGAGAAUGGGAGAAAAAUAUAAGACAUGCAGAAUAUUUUGCUGAGUGCUGCUAGUGCUGCUAAGCAGCCAUGCCUGUAUGGGUUCCUGAUGUACAAACACUGUACACUGCAAUGUACAGAUUAUGUAUCCAUGGAUUUUUUUCCUAAAUAUUCCCUUUGCUUGCAGUCUUCCCCCCCCCCCGCCCCUUCUGCCCAGCUUUAUCCGGAGAACAAAGGGCAAAUUCCUUUGGGAAAGUGAGGUGACAGCAACGAUUAUUGAAUUUACAACUCAAAAAAAAAAAAGUGAUCCUUCCAUUUGUAUUUUAGCAGUGUAUUUUAUGGGCACUCCCAAAAGUGCAUCUGUACAGUCUCCAUCUGUUAGACAUCAGGUCGAUGUAUUCAAAUAAAGUGGAAAAGGAAAAUGCUUCACUUAAACAAAGGAAAUCUGGAAACUUUUUUUUUCCUUUUAAAAUUAUUCCACUCCUCUCUUUUUUUUUUCUUUCUUCCCUUUCUUGUGAUCACCAGGCCAGCAGAGGGGCUGUCACAACACUGCAGGUUGUAACCAGGUCACUAGUAUCACUGCCUACCCAGGGCCGUCCAAGAUUACAUCACUCACAGAAGCUGCAUUUCAACCCGCCACCCUCUGGCUUCAUAACAGGAACUCCCUCAGGUGAGCCACAGGAACAACUUCCUGUGCCGAGCGGGUCGGAAAUCUCUAAUGCAGAGACCAAGCUGAUCCCAAGCUUCCUUCCAGCACUGCCCUGGCUGUGACUUUGGAGAGGGCUUCUUGCUCAAGGAAAGCCUCCCUCCCCUUGGCCACCUGAUUCCCUCCCUGGGGCUCUCUAGCCCAGCUACCAGAUAAUGCCACUGCCUGUGUUAAUCUGUCCCAUUGCAUUUGCCUGAUGAUAACUGUACAAAAAAAGUAUUUUCCAUGUUACUUUGAAAUGCUGUCGUGUUCAGGUUGUGCUUGUGUGCUGGCUGUAAGCAAAGGCAGAAUAAGAUAGCAUGGGAGCACAAGCUGGUUUCUGUGAGCAGCAGCAGGAGAACUCCAUUCUGGCAGAAACCAGAUGAUCAGUCACUCCCACUGCAAAGCAUUCGGUUUAGUUAAUGACACCAACAUAUUUUUUCAAGUAUGUUAGUAGUGAGGAAAUCUAGAUCAUGGAGAGUAGAAGGAAUGGCAGUGACUUGCCAGAAAUGAGCUUUUGAGAUGCUACAAGUAUUUGUAACAUUACCACUGACUCAGAUAAUUGUUUGUCAAGGGAAGCACGGUCUGGAGUUAAUUGCACAAAACCAAUCCUGCUUCUAUUUUUAUUUUUUUUUCCUUGGACAUGUAUUAUGUUGUAUUGGUGUUUACAUGUAUUCCUUUAAUAAACAAAACCUUUCAAACCUAA